AUGCCGGGGCCUGCAGCCUGCCACAGAGGAUCCAAGCUGUUGCUGAGGCACCGGGCUGCCCUCGUGCCCUGCCGCUCGCGCCUCUCCCCGCCGGCGCUCCCGAAGGCGCUGUGGCGGCACCGCAAUUACCCGAGCGCCCCUGCAGGGCUCUCAGCUGUGCCCCUCGCAGAUGCCAUUCGCCACCUUGGCACAGGCAGCUCUGCAGCUCCUCUGGAGGCACCUGGGAUUCGCCUGAACCGAGGCUUUGGCUCGGCGCUGGUCAUUCUCCCGCUCUCCACGCAGGAACUGCCGAUGGCGGCAACGAGGCCGCAGCGGGAGGGCUCUGUGCCGGACUUGGCGGCAGUUCGCUGCCCGGGAUAUGCGGGCUGCACCCCGCGCGCUGCCAGGUCCUGCAGCGCCAGCGAGGGGGAGGCAGCGCUGGGGCGGCCGCUCCGAUCCCGGCUCCCUCCGUCCCUCGGCGGGCAGCUCCCGCCGGCGAGCCGCUGGCCGGCGGCGGGACCUAUAUGCUCUCGCGGAAGGUUACUGCUGUCCGGCACGGCAGAGCCCGACGGAAGCGGUGCUGAGGCAUCUGAGGCAGCACUUUGUCAAGGAGCGCCUGAUUGGCUAACGGGACUCCGCAAUGGUUAUCUGCUAAGAGUCAAGGCCUCUGAUUGGCCGCGCGGUACCUGCAAUGCGUCAAGUGAGGAUGCUGGGGUGCGCGUGCCAGAGCGCUGCCGGGGGGCGGCCGCGGCCCCGCCGGGAAUGGCGGCCCGCAGCCGGCGCUGUCCGCAGCACCGGCCAGCUCCGGCCGCUCUCGGCACUUCUGGGCAGCAUCAGCAGUCCCAGCGGAGGAUUUGCCGUCUCUUCGUACUGCUGCAGCUUGCAGCAAUAGCAAUAGCUUUGCUGAUGAGCCAGAGCUGGCAGGAAGAAGCUGUUCCUCAGUCAGUGACCUCUUCAGAGCAGGGUUUCUACGUAAAAAAGCGGCAGAAAGACAAAGCCGCUUUUCUCAAUCCUUUUCCACAACACAGGGUACCAGAGGUGCAAAGUGUGGCAGAACAAACCUGCUUGGGCUGUCCUUCCACUGCCCGUGUGAGAAGCGUCUCUUAGACCGCUGCUCCAAGUGACAGCUUGAGUGGCAGCUGGGGGAGGAUAUGCACGGCGAAGCGAUGACUGAUCGCUGAAAUAUCUUGCUGAAACGCUGCAAAAUCUUUCAACACAAAAGAGAUGCUUCUGCAAAAUUAGCCCUGAAGUGCGAAGCUGUGCCGAGGCACGCAAGAGCCAUACUGAGUACAAACUGCUUUCCUGCUGGCACGAACACUUCUUAGUGUCUUUUUUCCAAAGAACUCUUUCAAAAUAUUAAAAACAAUCUAACCGCUUUUCCUGGUAAUCCUAGCCAAGUGGAACAAGUGCAAUGAAACCUUUAUGGGAAGAUUAUAUGCCUGUGUAAUUAUAAUGUUUAUGAGUCCAAGUUUGCUAAAGUGAAACAUAAAAGUGAGACUGCAAACUCA